AUGCCGGACGAGAUCUUGAACGACAUCUCACAUCGCAGAUACAACCCCUUGACGGGUUCAUGGCUGCUUGUUUCACCCCACAGGACCAAGCGCCCCUGGCAAGGCCAGCAAGAGGCAGCUCUAGAGAACACACUGCCCGAGUACGACGAGAAGUGCUAUCUGUGCCCCGGCAACAAGCGCGCUCAGGGCGACCAGAACCCCAGAUACGAAAACACAUUUGUCUUUGUCAAUGACUACAGUGCCGUCAAGGAGCAGCAGCAAGACUACCAACCAGAGGUGAAGAGCGAUGAUAUCGCGUCGUUACUCCUGCGCGCUGAGGCCGCCACCGGCCGCUGCUACGUCCUCACCUUCUCCGCCAAGCACAACGCCACCCUCGCCGACAUGACCGCCCAAGAGAUUGUGCCCGUCAUCGAGACCUGGACCCGCAUCUACGCCUCUCACCUUGCGCCCUCCAGUCCCCUCGCCGGCGCCGCCGCCGACGUGCUCAAGGCCCUCCCCGCCGCCUCGGCCGACGACUCGGUCACCCCUCCCGCCCACCAGCUGCGCUACAUGCAGAUCUUCGAGAACAAGGGCGCCGCCAUGGGCUGCUCCAACCCCCACCCCCACUGCCAGAUCUGGACCACCUCGAGCCUGCCCGAGGAGCCCGGCAAGGAGCUCGCCCAGCUGGCCCGGUACCGCCGCGAGCACGCCGGGCGGCACAUGCUCGCCGACUACGUGCGGCUCGAGAUGGAGAAGGGCGAGCGCGUCGUCUGGCAGAACGACGCCUUCCUCGUCGUCUGCCCCUGGUGGGCCGUCUGGCCCUUCGAGGUGCUCGUCAUCGCCAAGCGCCACGUGCGCGCCCUCGUCGACCUCACCGCCGCCGAGCGCCUGCAGUUCGCCGAGGCCGUCCAGGAGGUCGCGCGCCGCUACGACAACCUCUUCCAGACCAGUUUUCCGUAUAGCUCGGGCAUCCACCAGGCGCCGCUCGAGUGCCGCGACGAGGACGAGGCCGAGAGCAGCUGGUUCCACAUGCACUUCUACCCGCCGCUGCUGCGGUCCGCCACCGUGCGCAAGUUCCUCGUCGGCUACGAGCUCAUGGCCGAGCCGCAGAGGGACAUCACCCCGGAGCAGGCGACGCUGCGCCUGAGGGACUGCGGCGGCAAGCUCUACCGUAAAUCGAUGUAG